GAUAAAUUCAAGCAAGGGGGCCGGGUCUGGAGGGCUGCUUGCAACUCGACUGCAGGUUUGCAGAUGGAAGGCGGACAGUGUAACGCGCUCUAGCUUUCUUGUGUGUGAGAGAGAGUUUUUUUUACCUUCCUCCAUCCCCAGCAUGCAUGGCUUUGGUUUCUAGCAGCGGGGACAGAGUUGAUGCAGAGAAAAGCACUUACUUCACAAACAGCACUUGGGAGACAUCAGUAAGUGCCUGAGCGCACAGUGAGCCACUCCAGUCUGCGCUCUGCAGCCACACAGACUGUGUUCAGUCGCCACAAGACUGAACUGAUUCUAUAACACUGAAGGAAGAGACUGAUAACACACUGGAGACUGGGCCGUACUGUCCGUGCUGGCUCUAGCAACUAUACUACCUGGAAAUUAAACUUUUUUUUUUUACACAGCCUUUUCAAGGCUACUCUGGACUGAAACGUGUGAGUUUACAGUACAUCUCAGGAGUGAACUAUUUCUGCGUUUCCCCCAGUACUCAGCUCAGACUGUGAAGAGAGGGACAAAAAUAGCUGAGUUUGCUUUAAAGUGAACCGGACGACCGAGAGGGGAGAGAGGGUGGGAAGGAACGACUUCACCGCUCUCCCUCUGUGUAACUAAGCAGCGAUGGUGCAGAAAAUGAGCCACACUGAGAGCACCGCUGAGGCGCUGUCUUUUUUCGCCGGGGAUUCAAGCUCCGACUCCGGGGCGUGCAUGGAUCUCGACGCCGCCGCUUCGCCGCUCUCUCCGGGCUCCACAGCCUCAUCCACCGGCGGGGACAAGCUUGGAGAGAACCCGGCGUGGUGUAAAACUCCCAGUGGUCACAUCAAGAGACCCAUGAACGCGUUUAUGGUGUGGUCCCAGAUAGAGAGGAGAAAGAUUAUGGAGCAGUCUCCGGACAUGCACAACGCGGAGAUCUCCAAGCGGCUGGGGAAGCGGUGGAAGCUGCUGAGAGACAGCGACAAGAUCCCCUUCAUUAAAGAGGCUGAGCGGCUCAGGCUCAAGCACAUGGCGGACUACCCCGACUACAAGUACCGGCCGAGGAAGAAGGUUAAAUCAAGCGCCACCAAGCCGGGAAGCAGCGGGGAGAAAGGGGAGAAACUCAGCAGUAGCUCAAACAACACCAGCACUAAAACAUCUUCAUCUUCAAGAAAGAACGGAUCCAAAUCACCCAGCAGCAGCAAACCCCACAAAUCACUUUUCGGGAGCAGCAGCAGUAGCAGCACCAAAGCAUCACCGUUUGCCUCUGAGCAGCCGUCAGAGAACCAUCACAACUCUCUCUACAAGUCGAAAUCUCUCUCCUCGGCAGCUAAGCAGAUACCGGAUGGUAAGAAGCCCAAGCGGGUCUAUGUGUUCGGCAGCGGCGCGGCCACUCUGAGCGUCAGCCCUUCUUCCUCUCUAGUGGUGCCGGCCAGCCCCACUCUAAGCAGCUCGGCGGACUCCAGCGACCCGCUCAGCCUGUAUGAGGACGCGGCCAGCGGCCGGGAGGAGGGAUCUGACUCCCCCGGCAGCAGCACCAGCCACAGCAGCAGCAGCCACAGCGUGCACACAUACAGCAGUCGGCGGGCUUCCUCCCCGACUCCCUCCGGGUCUCACUCCUCCUCAGCCUCGUCCCACUCCUCUUCCUCUGAGGACGAGGAGUUUGAGGACGACUUGCUCGACAUCAACCCCAGCCCCAGCUUCGACAGCAUGUCGCUCGGGAGCUUUGGCUCCUCAGUGCUGGACAGGGACUUGGAUAUGAACUUUGAAUCCGGCUCCGGAGGCUCGCACUUCGAGUUCCCAGACUACUGCACACCCGAAGUCAGCGAGAUGAUCUCCGGAGACUGGCUGGAGUCCACAAUCUCCAACCUAGUUUUCACGUACUGAGUAUAGAUAGGUGCAUUGUUUUCUGCAAGCAAAAAAAUAUGACCACAACAGAAACAGGGGUGCCAGGUGCAGUGGGGCAAUAGUUAAGUGUAACGACACCAGACUAGUAAAGACCCACUAAGUCCCUUCUCAGAGCGCCACGAGUGCGGGGAAAGCCCGGUUUAAAACAUGCUUCGCGUGAACUGUGGGACUUGUUACCAGCGUGCAAGUGGCUCGAGAGCAAAACAAGAAGACACGCACAUGGGCUUUUCCUGUUUGUGAGACGCUUCGUCCCGGACUGUUUUUCAACUGAACUUUUUAAACUGUGAUUGAUUUGCACGUCAUGCGGUCCGCCGUUCACUUAAUAAUCAAUGUUGUUGUUGUUUUUCUAAAGGGACAUUUCAAAAAAGUUUGGUUUUUUUUACAAUCGCCAAGUGAACUUCACCACUUAAAGGUACAGAAACAGGACUGUCGUGCGACUUCUUCUGUUGUGAUGUGUCAAUGAAAGGGUUUUUAUAAUGGGGAAAAGAAACUAAAAAAAAACAAACAAACAAAAAAAAACAAGGUGGGUUGGUGUUUUUUGUUAAGUCGCCUUUUUCCCAAGAGCAAAAAAAGUGUAAAGCAUGAUAGUCUACUUCGUUUCUAUCUUGUGCCGAGAUUUUCUGUCAGACUGUCGAGCAGUUAAAAUAGUAUUAGGGUUAUUUAAGUGGGUAGGUGGCGCUCGCUUCGGUUUUUCUUUUUUGGGAAAAAAACAAAAAAAACAAACAAAGGACAUUGAAAUAAUCACCAGCUGUUGUAAUUUAGCAAACGUCAGGACUCAAACGUAUCUUCAAAUCUGUGCUGAACUUUAUGCACGAGUUCUCAAUGAUUCAGGACCAAAAUUGUUUAAUAUUAAUUUCAGAUGAUAGUUAUAGAAAAAAAUCCUCACCGAUUUUUCUUUUUCAUCUUCUGAGCUUUGUUUUGUACAUUUAUUCAGAUGCCAUUUUAUAUGGGAAGUUGUAUUUAUAUACUUGGCCAAGCGUUUUUGACUUGAUCUUUUUUAAUUUCUUGUAUACAUGAUCUAAUCUUGUUUUUGUUUCUUGCACAGUUGUUUGUAUAUCUGUGUCUGUCACACUUCCUUCUCAGGCGAAGGGCUAGAGUUUUAAAAACACACAACUUUUGAUUUCUUUUUAUAUUUAAAUGUACACACCUUUUGGACACUUAAAAAGAGAGGAAACAGUUUGAUUAUUUUCUCAGUGUAUUUUUGUACAAAUCUAUAUAGAAAAUGGGGGAAUCAACAAUCGGUGAGUGUGUGUGUAGCCCACUAACACAGCUGUAUUGGAUUUCCUCAUUUUUAAUACCCCGGCAGGCUGGUUUUCAUGCUGCCUUCAAGUUCUCAAGGCAAGCUCGUACAUAUGAGUUUUAUUGCCAUUUUUAAUACUUUUUUUGUGACGACAGCCAGCAAAAACAACCCUUAUAUCACAUUGUUGCCUUUUUAUGUAAAAAAGAAAAAAAAAGUAAAGGCACCAUCUUUCAUUUCACUUAAGUGACUGAUGAGAUGGGAAUCGUGUGGACCAGGUAUGCAAUUGGUGUUUCAGUUCGCUAAUUGGACAGAGUUUGAUUGACUUUACCAGCAAAAGCUGACUAGACAUCUAUGAUGUCCAUUUAUUUGAACCUCCCAUGCAAUAUGGAUGGGCAUAAAACGAACUAUAAGAAUGAUGUAUUCAUUUCCCAUAGCACUUGAAGGCAGCACCAGUCUUUGUCUCAGCCUACCUUCUACGUUUACAGUGCUGGUCUGCAGGAUCCUUAAAGACACAGGAACACAUUCUUACUACAGGCUUUUCCUGUGGACCCUAUGGGUUUAACAGGUUACUAUCUCGAGCAGCCACUUGAUUUUUGUUUCAGUUCCCUGUCAGAUAUCUUGCCUAUGACAACAGAAGAGGAGAUUGUAGCUUUAAAUUUGACUUGUUUCUUGAUGUUUUCAUUAACUGAUGUCAGAAUUUUGCAAAUCCACCACCAGAUCGAAAAGGUUAUAAAUACAAAGCAAGCAAACAUGGAUGACAACAUCAGGCAUAUUCAAAUUUCUGACUUGAGUUCCGCAACACCUACUUGUACUGCGUUUCUCAUUGUAUUUGAAUAUAUAAUCUUUUCUACUUGUCAGCUAACAUUAGCUAAUAAUUGUUUUAGUAUCUUUAUGGCAUGGUGAAUAGCAUUUGUAUUUCAGAUUCAGGUUAAUAGCUGUUGUGUUUUUCAGAAAAAAAAAGAAAAAUCUAGGAAAAAGUAUGGAACGUGAACUCGAUCUUUGUAUAUUUGACUGUAUCAUAAAGCAAAGUGUGUUUAUGUAUGUUGUUGCUCGAGGACAGGCACUGUCUAGAACUGCUAUCCUUAACACAUCCUUACUUACAUUCAAGGUGGUCAGUUCAGGACAUGUUUUUUUUAUUAUAAAUAUAUAUAAAAGCAUUUUUAAAUAUAUUAACUUUAAUUUUCAUCCAUCCUGUGCAAUAUGCUGUGUAGAAUUAUCAUUUAUUGUCUCUAAUCAUGCCAUAAACAAAGGGCCCCAGCCUUUUUUCUUUUCAAAUGAGGAGGGGGGGUUGAUUCAUGCCAGCUAAAUUGUGUCCAUUCACUGCCUGUCAGAUUGUUGAUAUACACUUGUGUACAGAACUUUUUCAAGGAAGGAUAAUAAAUAUCAGCUGGAACUGAAA